CAAUGACGCCACCGGAGCGUUUCCGGCCUGAGAAAAACGUCGCGUUUCUGAGGAGACGCCUCGUCUGGCAGUUACCACCGCGCUAGAAGCCUCCCGACCGGCCGCCUGCAUCACCAGCGUCACCAUGGGGGCUGUGCUGGGCGUCUUCUCCCUCGCCAGCUGGGUUCCCUGCCUUUGCAGCGGUGCAUCAUGUCUGCUGUGUAGCUGCUGCCCCAAUAGUAAGAAUUCCACAGUGACGCGCCUCAUCUAUGCUUUCAUUCUCUUCCUGGGCGCUGCUGUAUCCUGUAUCAUGCUGACAGAAGGGAUGGAAUCACAGCUGAAGAAGAUACCUGGAUUCUGUGAAGGGGGAUUUAAAAUCAAUGUGGCUGAUAGAAAAGUGGAUAAAGAUUGUGAUGUUCUGGUCGGUUAUAAAGCUGUGUAUCGGAUCAACUUUUCCUUGGCCAUCUUUUUCUUUGUCUUCUCUCUGCUCAUGUUAAAAGUAAAAACAAGUAAAGAUCCCAGAGCAGCUGUACACAAUGGGUUUUGGUUCUUCAAAAUUGCUGCCAUUGUUGGUAUCAUGGUUGGCUCUUUCUACAUCCCUGGGGGCCAUUUCACCACAGCUUGGUUCAUUGUGGGCAUGGCCGGGGCCUUUUUGUUCAUCCUCAUCCAGCUAGUGCUGCUGGUCGACUUCGCUCACUCUUGCAAUGAGUCAUGGGUAAAUCGAAUGGAAGAAGGAAAUCCAAGGUGCUGGUAUGCUGCUUUGCUGUCUGUCACCAGCAUCUGCUACAUUCUGUCUGUCGUCUUUGCCGGCUUACUCUACACUUACUACACCAGACCGGACGGCUGCGCAGAGAACAAGUUCUUCAUCAGUAUUAAUUUGAUCCUUUGCUUUGUGGUUUCUAUUAUAUCGAUCCAUCCAAAAAUUCAGGAACACAGGCCUCAGUCUGGUCUCCUGCAGUCCUCUGUCAUCACUCUCUACACCAUGUACCUUACCUGGUCAGCCAUGACCAAUGAACCGGAUCGUUCCUGCAACCCUGGCCUGUGGAGCAUCGUCACGCAGAUGACUGCGCCAACCUUGGCUCCUGGGAAUUCAACUGCUGUGGUCCCUACCCCUGCUCCACCCCCAAAGAGUGGGCAUUUUGUAGAUGCAGAGACGUUCAUUGGGCUGACAGGCUUUGUUCUCUGCCUUUUGUAUUCUAGUAUCCGUACUUCCAACAACAGCCAAGUAAGCAAGCUGACUUUGUCAGGAAGUGACAGUGUGAUCCUCCGUGAUACAGCUGCCAGUGGCGGCAGCGAUGAAGAAGACGGGCAGCCUCGGCGGGUUGUGGACAACGAGAAGGAAGGAGUGCAGUACAGCUACUUCUUAUUCCACUUCAUGCUCUGCCUGGCUUCCUUGUACAUCAUGAUGACCCUGACCAGCUGGUACAGCCCUGAUGCAGAGUUCCAGAGCAUGACCAGCAAGUGGCCAGCUGUGUGGGUCAAGAUCAGCUCCAGCUGGGUCUGCCUCCUCCUCUAUGUCUGGACCCUUGUGGCUCCACUCGUCCUUACCAAUCGUGACUUCAGCUGAACCUCUGAGAAUUCAUAAAGGUCUGCUUUGCUGAAAGCCCUUACCUGUUUUACUUUUGCUUCAACUAAAAUAUUAAGUGAACACUUCGCAAAUUUGACUGUAUCCAAAUUUAUAUCAGCAAGAUUAAGUAAUGCUUGAUGCAGGAUCUGAACUUUUCAUUUAUAUGUAUAUUAUGUUUAUUUGUAAGGAUAUAGCGCAAAGGGAACAUUUUGCGUUUUAAAGUGAACUACAGCUGUGCUGUGAAGAGACUUCUUUAUUAAGAUCUGUAGGAUCCUACAACUUUGAUUUAAAAUGUAAGAGAAAUGUUGGAUAUUUGAAGCCAAUCGUUAAUAUAUUUCUAUUGCAGUCUCCUUAAAAAGCAAAGAACAAAA